AUGGCUACUUCUCCAGACGAGAGUGUUUCGAUCCGGACCAUCCGACUAAAGGUCCUCUACACCUUUGAUGUUGAACAGAAAGACAAUCACCUCGCUCGAUAUCCUCACCCACUUGAAGUUCAGACCGCCUUCAUUGACGAAACAAGUCAGAUUGGUGUUGUUGACCUUAGGUCCUGUCUGGAAGCUGUCAUCACCGCGAGCCCGGAGCUCACCACAAAUUCCGAUAAUGACUACACAGUCUACGCGUACGAUUACUCCGAGCCAGAUACUCCUCUUGUCGGACAGGGCAUGCUCUCCAAGACACUCGCCGUUCAUGCUCAAGGUCCUGGGAGCGAAAGUGAUGCUAUGGUGACUGGAAGGGUUACAAAGAAUCUCAUGGGUCUUUUUUCGAAAAAUGCGCAGGAAACACUCGAGGUUAAAUUGAGAUUUACCCCUGUGAAUACUUUUCCACAACGUUAUCGGUCUGGAAGUGUCAGCUCUCAAGAUGGCAGUCGACCUCAAUGGCAGAACGGCAUGUCCUCGCAGUUAUUGCCCCGGUCAGCUUCCCCAGUAGACACGUCUGGACUGGAGGCUAUGCAGAGGAUGCUCGCGGGAGAAAACAUGCAAGCAAUGGGGAACACAGGUCCAGGCAGUAGACCUGGAACACCAGUCACUAACCAGAACUUCAACCCGACCCUCAGACAACCUGGCAGCAGUCAUUCAAGGCCGGCUUCAAGGUCGGGCAUACGCCAAACAUCCCAUGCACGACGCGAAUCUUUUAAUUCUGGAUAUUACAGUGGUGACGAAAACGCCGACGAUGGUCCAGCCAGAAAAAGAGCAAAAACCUCAAAAGUGGAUUGGCCAAACAAGACAAAUCUCAACAUCGAGAGACAGCCAGACUCGCUUAGAGUAGCUGCCAGCACCGCCUCCAGUGUUCGACUACAUCGCCCGAUUGCCAUCAACCCUGCUGCUAUGGCUGCUAUGCAACAAGGGCAACCCAUAGAAGAGCCCGUGAGACCUCCCACGCCAGUGCCAGCAGCAAAGUCUGGCAGACCUCGUGGCCGACCACGGAAGAAUGCACCUAGCAAUCUGAAUCAAGGAUCUCAAAUCAGAGACUCUUCACCAAUGGUUGAUCCUGUUCCACAACCUCAACUUCUCAAUGUAUCUAUCACGUCCCCGGAAGAUUCUCGCCUAAGAAGCGUGUCUAGCACACCCGCCAAUAUUCCAUCUUCACCACCAGUUAUGCCUGAUCCUCAACAACCAGCGGUUACUAGCCCAGCCCUUCCUCCCAUGAUGAUGCCAAAUCACGACUCAGGUUUCAUGAGUGGUGCUCUGGAUGAUAUAUUUGGUGACGAUGGCAUGUUACAGUUUGAGGAUUUUAUGUUGGAAAAAAAUCAACAAACUAUUGACCAACCUCAGUCACAACAGAUCGCAGACACUUUACCUCCAGUAUUUGAGGAUGGCAAUGAUAUGAUGGACCCAAUAACCGAGUACCAAAAGCCGCAAAUGGAGCCACCACCACUCCCCUCUAAUCAACGAUCUUUGGCAAGGACGCAAUCAUACACACCUGCAUCACGUUCGUCUAUCUCUUCUCCUAAGUUGGCACCGGCACCAAUCCCACGGGCUCGUCAGAUUAUGGAAGAACAACAACGCACAAAAUCUUCGCUACACUCACAAGUUCCGAAGAGUGAUCCUGCUCCAAGAGCACUUCAGAGAGCUCAGACCUGGGCACCCGAUAGUGACGCUCUGAUGUCUGAAGCCCCUACGAUAGAGGAAGCCAGAGCAAAGGCAGCUUCUAAGAAGAAGGUGGGCAAGGAGCAGACAAAAGCUCGACUCGAGAACGCUAUUGCUAACGGAGAAAUGCCACCGUUUUGUGAUAACUGUGGCUCAAUUGAGACCCCAGCAUGGCGUCGCGGGUAUGCAAGAGUAUUUCACUGUCCUUGGGACGAAGUUGAAACAUCUUUGGACCCUGGCCAAUGUUGUUUCAAAGAAGUUCUGACUCAUAAUGCGGAUGGAAGCAUCAAGACAUUCAGAGGCUAUAAGGUCGAGAAGCUCUCAGGAGAUGACGAUGACAACUGGCUUGCCAUCACAUUGUGCAAUCCUUGUGGUUUAUGGCUUCAUAAACAAAAAUGCCCACGACCUCGAGAAAAGUGGCAAAAGAAAGAACCUCAAACAAAGGGCAAGCGAAGACGCAAUCCUAACCCAUCAAAGCCUUCCAAGAAAGCUAACGGGAAUACUAAUUUCAAGAGUGAUGCUCAGACUCCAGCUAGCGAUGAUUCUUCACCAGCAGAUACGGCGAAUGAAGCUGCAGAGGGGGACGAGAAUGAAAGCUCGAACAAUGACGAGUACAUGGCAGACGAGGGAGAACCGCAAUUGCCGCACAUGUCACAUACAUACCGAGCCAGUAGUGCCGAUCCUGGCCCACGGGGAUUGCAGGCUCGGACGAAACAACGACCCACAGAACGACUGAUUCAGUCUAGCCCUGGACAAGCGCAUGGCUCAGAAGCUGUUCCUAUAGAGAUUGGGCUCACUCCCAAACCGUUGCGAAGACAGUUGUUCCCAUCUCCAGAAAAGACACAAGUCUUAUCAGAUCCCGGCCCGGGCGUAUCCUCAGUCCAAGGAAAGCCGACCCACUUGCCAGCCUUUGUACGUAGGAGCCCGAGACUUAACAAGACACGGGAUUUCUUUGCGCAGCCUGGUGCGGCCAUGGAGGUUACUGUUGAUGGAAAAGAGAAUGCUGCUCCAGCUCCGCUGGUUGUGUAUGAGAGUAUCGAUCAUUUGUUUGAAGAAGGCCCAGGUGACUUGGAAUUACCUCCGAUGACACCCACUCCUAAACGACGAUCGGAAAGAUUACUACUCAAAACUCCUUCGCAAACACCAUCUCGCCAAUUCGGUGCAGAUCUCUCACCCAAUGCAGAUAUGCUACCAAUAUUUCGUACGCCAAAAAUGAAGUCCGGCGAUCAACAAGCGAUUUUGAAUGUGUUAUUGGGGACAACACGCAAGGAAGUGCAUCAGAUGACACCCUUCUCACGAUCCAUUCACGACGCCUUCACUAGUGAUGCUCCUGCGAAAUUGAACUUGGCAGGGGAUGGGCGGAUCCAUGGACAUACUGCAUCGAGAAAAAAUACACCCAACAAGGCAAUCAAUUUCGACUUUCCAGACCUACCGUCGCUAAAAAAUUCGUCACCGAUGUCGAAUGAUCAACUUCUGAAUUUUCAGGUCUCGGAAAUGACGACUGACCAAUUGAAUAGUGAGUUCAAUGAACCUUUUAUGGCGACCUCGACGAUGCCUAGUUCGCCACCCGGACUGUUCGCAUACUUUGACGUGGGAGGAGAUGAUCUAUCCACCAUGUGGGAUGAGAUGAUCGACACGAACGCAACAGACCAAGGUCAAACAUCAAUUUUUGGUGACGCGGCACAAGCUGUGACCCCCAAAGCCACAGAUGGUCAGCCGAGGAGAAGUCCUCGAAAACAGGGUGUUAGCUAG